CUGUCGCAGUCUGAGGCGAGACGCGGAGGGAGAAGGAAGGCGAGAAGGCGAGGCGGGCGGAGAGAAACGCUCCCGUUCCCGGAGAGAGAGAAGUUCGAGGUCCGGGAGGCGGAGAGGGGAACAGAGCCGGGCCGGAGGAUGCGGCUGCUCCUCGGCGGCGGCGGCGGCGGCGGAGGAAGCGAGUCCUGCGCCCGGUGUGGAUGAGGGCGUCGCGGUGCCGGCGAUGCCUGUGUUCUCGGCGCUGGGUCUGCGCCUCCCGCAGCGCUUCCUCUUCCUGCUCUUCCUCUCGGGGCUGCUCACGCUCUGCUUCGGCGCCCUCUUCCUCCUCCCGGACUCCUCCCGCGUCAAGCGCCUCUUCCUGCCCCGGAGAGGAGGGGGGGGAGCCGGGGGAGGAGGGGGAGGAGGGGGCUCCGGGAGCGAGACGCCCCCCGCCCACACGCCCGCCCCCUCCCCGCCGCCCGGACCCCCGCCCCCGCCCCCAAGACACAGAGAGAGAGAGAAGAAGGAGGGGGUCCGCCGGGAAGGGCGCCCCCGCACGGCCUCCCCCCGCGCCCGCACCCGCGCCCCCUUCCGCUUCGACUUCCCGGCCUUCCGACGCAGCCUCCGGCACCCGGUCCUGGGCAGGAAGAGGCCCGCCGGCACCGAGGAGGAGGAGCCCGACACGCGCGCACGGAGGCUCCACGUCCGGCAGAUGAUGAAGUUUGCUUGGGAUAACUACAAGCAAUACGCCUUGGGGAAGAACGAACUCAGGCCGCUCACCAGGAACGGACAUAUCGGGAACAUGUUUGGAGGCCUCCGGGGAGCCACGGUGGUGGAUGCGUUGGACACUCUGUACAUCAUGGAGCUGCAGGAGGAAUUCCAAGAAGCCAAAGACUGGGUGGAGAGCAGCUUCGACUUGAACGUGAAUGGCGAAGCAUCCUUGUUUGAAGUGAACAUCCGCUAUGUUGGAGGGCUUCUGGCUGCUUAUUAUCUAACGGGCGAAGAGGUCUUCAAGAGCAAAGCCCUGGAACUCGGAGAAAAGCUUCUCCCGGCCUUCAACACGCCGACGGGAAUCCCGCGGGGAGUCAUAAACCUGGGCAGCGGGAUGAGCUGGAGCUGGGGAUGGGCCUCCGCCGGAAGCAGCAUUUUAGCCGAAUUCGGCAGCCUCCACUUAGAAUUUCUGCACCUCUCCGAUCUGUCUGGAAACCCAGUAUAUGUCGAGAAGGUGAUGAAUAUCCGCAAAGUCUUGAACAGAAUUGAGAAGCCGCAGGGACUGUAUCCCAACUUCCUCAGCCCCGUAACUGGGAACUGGGUUCAGCAUCAUGUUUCCAUUGGUGGCCUUGGAGACAGUUUUUACGAAUACCUGAUCAAGUCCUGGCUUAUGUCCGACAAGAGAGACGUUGAAGCCAAAAGCAUGUAUGACAAUGCACUAGAGGCCAUAGAAAAGCACCUUGUAAAGAAAUCUGCAGGUGGGCUGACUUACAUUGCGGAGUGGCGAGGCGGCAUCCUGGACCACAAGAUGGGCCACUUGGCUUGCUUCUCGGGCGGCAUGAUCGCUCUGGGCGCCCAGCACGCAGCCAAGGAGCAAGCGCAGCACUAUAUGGAACUAGCUGCAGAAAUAACCAACACUUGCCAUGAGUCUUAUGUCCGCUCAGAGACCAAGCUGGGCCCAGAAGCGUUUCGCUUUGAUUCAGGCACCGAAGCAAUGGCCACCCGCCUCAGCGAUCGGUAUUACAUCCUGCGCCCCGAGGUGGUUGAGAGUUACCUGUACCUGUGGAGGCUGACGCACGAUCCCAAAUACAGGCAGUGGGGCUGGGAAGCUGUACAGGCACUGGAGAAAAACUGCCGAGUAGAAGCAGGUUUCUCCGGGAUCCGUGACGUUUAUGCCUCGACCCCAAGUCAUGACAACAUGCAACAGAGCUUUUUUCUGGCAGAGACGCUAAAGUAUCUCUAUCUUCUCUUCUGUGAAGAUGAUGUGCUGUCUCUGGAGGACUGGGUCUUCAACACAGAAGCCCACCCGCUGCCUAUCAACCGCACAAACUCUAGCCUAAAGACAGGUGUGCAGUAGGGGGGCCUCCAACAUCUACAGUGAAUGCGGAGGGUUACCUGCUUCAUCUUUUUCCUCUCCUUUCUGAUUAAGGAGCGUAUAUGUUCCCAGAAUAGUAUUUUGGGGGCAUUCGUCCAAUUCCGGACAGUCUUAUAUUGGAGUCCAGAAACUGUGAAACAAGUACCUUUGUGGUUUUUCUUUUCCUCUGUGAGGAAACACUUAAGCCUGAUACGGAGAUGUUGGAUAAAAUGGGCCAUAAUACCUGCAAAAUCAUGGACAUUCCUUUCUAUGGAGAAUUUCUAUGGAACCCACAGACUUGAUUUUCAUGUGGCCAAAGGAUCAGGAGUUUGCCAUAAAACAGAUGUUGGUUUGUGCCACUCUUCUUCUCUGUCUAUCUUGUGCUCCUUUUUUUAUACGCAGUUGAUUUUAUCACCUUUCUCAUUUGCACUCUUUCUUUCCCUCAAGAUCACACACUUCGUAAGCAGUCUUGUUGCCAUAACUGAUCAGAAAGUGUCUGCAAAAUUCUGCAAGUGUUUGUUCUUUUUUCUCUGUCCGCCCCCAUGGUUUUAAAAGAUGUUUACCAAAUUCCCCUUCAUGUGUAUAUUUGAAUUUUUCCUUGGCUUUUUUUUCCUGCUUCGUUUAAACCUUUUGGUUUCAUUUGGAGCUCAAUAUUACAAGGCACUUGUCAUGAUUUCAUUUCAGUAAUACUCAGAGAUGUAAAAUAGAAUAAAAAUUUCUGUCAGAGACAAAGUCCA